AUGGAUAACAACAGUGUAGCAAUUUCUCAUUCUGAUGCUGUUAGUUCAAACGCAGCAGAAUCAAACCUAUUUGUUCCUCUUGCAAAAAAGGCAAAAAAUGAAAAUACAUUAACGACACAAGAAUCAACAAUUGAAACAAGAACAACAAAUGGAGAACCAACGGCAAACACACUAUUAACAACAACAAAUGAACAAUUAACAACAAAAAUAACAACGCCAGAGACGAUAAAAACAACAGUAACGUCAACAAUAACAACAUCUUCAACGACAUCCUCAGCAACAUAUUCAACAACAUCAGCUUCAACAUCACCAACAACAUCAACAACAACAUCAUCAUCAACAACGUCAUCAUCAUCAACAACGUCAUCAUCAUCAACAGCAUCAAAAACAUCAUCCUCAAUAUCAGAAGGAUCAUCAGAAACAUCAUCAACAAUAUUAGAAGCAUCAUCAGAAACAACAUCGUCAAAAUCAGAAACAUCAUCCUCGAUAUCAGAAGCAUCACCAGAAACAUCAUUACCAGUAUUAGAAACAACAUUAGAGACACCAUCAGAAACAUCAUCAACAAUAUCAUCAACAACAUCAUCAACAACAUCAGAAGCAUUAUUAGAAGCAACAUCAGAAGCAUUACCAGAAACAUCAACUACUUCUACAAAAACAACAACAACAACAUUAUCUUGUGUAUCCGGUGAUUUACGUUGGAAUACAACAGGUAUUACUGUAAUCAAUUCACCACCAAAUAUGGGAGCUUCGGGUGUAUUCGUUGGCUUAAAUGGUACUUUGUAUUCUGUAGAUGAAAAUAGUAAUUUCGUUGUAUGGAAACUAUUAAAAAAUGCUGUAAAUGUAACAAUCGCAGCUGGAUUGUAUAAAUCACAAGGAUCUAAUAGUUCUCAACUAAAUUAUCCAAAUGAUAUUUAUGUCGAUAGAUAUGGAAGUUUAUAUGUAACUGAUGCUUACAAUCAACGCAUACAAAAGUUCAGUAAUGGAUCAACAACACAUGGACAAACUAUUGCCGGUGUAACUGGAUCAGCUGGGUCUGCAUUGAAUCAAUUCAAUGUACCACGAUAUUUUACUUUUGAUGCUACAGAAACAUAUAUGUAUAUUGCUGACUAUAAUUGUCAUCGAAUUAUGCGCCAUUCAACGAAUUCAACUGAUGGUACUAAUGGCGUUAUUAUUGCAGGUGGAACGGGAUCAUUUAAUCAAAACACAUCGUUGAAUGGGCCAUGGGGUAUUCAUUAUUUGCCAUCUGUAAGCAAUGAUCUAUUUAUAACAAACAACGGUGGACAUUCAGUAAUGCGUUGGACUCUUGGUGCUACUUCAGGCACCUACGUUGCCGGUACGCCGGGCGUAGCAGGUUCCAAUUCUACUCUCUUAAAUGGCCCGAUGGGUAUUAAAAUUGAUUCUUAUUUGAACAUGUACGUUGUUGACCAUCGAAACCAUAGAGUACAAAUGUUUUGUGCAAACAAUCAAACUGGCAUCACCAUCGCUGGAACUGGUGUCGCUGGUAGUAGCGCCAUGCAAUUAAGUGGGCCAAGAGGUAUUGCAUUCGAUUCUGAAAUGAAUAUGUACAUUGGAGAUUUCGAUAAUCAUCGCGUGCAAAAAUUUAUCAAGCUCAACACAACGACAACUACAACUGCAAUUUGGCAAAUGGUAGGAACUGGCUCUGUUAUUGGUGAUGCAGGGUGUUAUGGCCUUGGAUCUAAUUAUGUAGGAAAUUUCAGCCAAUGCAAAUCUAGUUGUGAAUCAAUGGCAAAUUGCAGUGCAGUAGAUUGGCUGGUAAGUGCAUUAUUAUGUGUGUAUCGCCGAUGUACUACCUAUCCGCCAAGCACUCAUCCACAAUCGGGUGGCUGGGAAGCAUGGGCUAUUAAAACGUCAUCUCCAAUUAAUCCACCAGCUGUUAUUCAGUGGUUAUUCGAUGGCGAUUUUAACGAUGUAUAUGGUACUUAUAAUGGAUCUUUAGUCAAUAACAGUAAUGUUAUAUGGAUGUCACCAGGCUAUGCUGGAUAUGGAAGUGCCGUUUGCUUUUUAUCUACCAAUUAUCUACUCAUCAAUCAUUAUCUUAAUUUCAAUUCAAUUAGCUUUACGAUUUCUGCUUGGGUAUGGAUUCCAGCAAAUCUAUCGUUGAAUGGAAAUUUCUUUGUAUUAUUUGUUCAUUGCAACGUAACUACUCAAGAUACGUGUCUGCACGUUGGAAUAAAUGGUGGCAGAGUCUUUUUAGGUUUCUUCAGUGAUGAUUUAACAGGAGGUACUCCACUGACAUCCAACCAAUGGUAUCAUGUUACCUACGUCUACGAUCGAUCAUCACUUAGACAGACUGUUUAUUUGAAUGGAAUUCAUGAUGGAAGUCGAGUAACUUCUGGUCCUUAUAAAGGUACUGCAAGCGUACUGACUGUUGGAGCCAUUCCAUCAUUCGAUGAGCGAUUUAUUACUAGUAAUGGUUUCAUUGAUAAAUUGACAUUUGUACCACGUGUUAAAACAACUGCUGAGCUUCUUGAUGAAGCCACUCUUGUUGCUUAUUAUCCAUUCGAUAAUUCGUAUACUGAUCUCGGACCCAAUCGGAUCAUUAAUAGUAGUAGUGUCUCGACCAUGUUUGACUCGUCUGGUCGAUUUAACCAAUCUUUAUUGAUCAUUUCAACAAAUUCAUCUUACUUUCAAACAACAGGUUUCUAUUAUCUUGGUCAAACGAAUUAUCCAUAUUCAUUCUCUUUAUGGAUUUAUCCAUUCGUCAAUGAUGGUACUAUUCUUCAGGUCAGUUCUUCGAAUGGUUGGUGUGUACCAAUGAUUGGCUUUGAUAUUUCUGGUCGUCUAACAAUCCAGACAAUGGGCACUAAUGGCAUUUAUGCUGCUUCAUUAACUUCUGAAACACUACCAUUAAAUGAAUGGACUCAUGUGAUUAUGACUUAUUCAACUAUCAAUGGUAUUCAACUGUUUAUUAAUGGAACAUUCAUUGCUGGUAAUAAUAGUGUUACAAGCUACUCGACUAGUGGUCAAAUAAGUACAGUUACUAUUGGAACUUGUCUUUCUCCAGAUACAUGUGCUGUUAAUACAACAACAAUUGUUCCAUCACAAUUUCAAGGAAAGAUUGAUGAAUUAAAAAUCUUUGCUCGUGAAUUAUCAUUAAGUGAUAUUGGUCAGCUAGCUCAAGCAACAAGCUUAUAUUCAUCUGGUCCAUCCAGUUUCUGGAAAUUUGAUAACAACGCCUUAGAUAGUAUAUCAAAUCUCAAUGGAGUAGGUGUCAAUUCACCUGGUUAUGUAACAUCUGGAAUUACUGGUAGCGGAUAUGCUUUAAAUCUCAUUAAAAACAAUACUCAAUACGUAACAAUAGCAGCCAAUCAAAUAUUCGCUAAUACUAGUUUUACAGUGGAAAUGUGGAUUUAUCCUACUUCAUUAAACGAUAUUUUUUAUGGACUCUUCUCUCAACAUGAAGCCCCGGGAAAAGAUCGUCUAUUACAUUUGAUACUUCGUUAUCAACGUCUUUACAUGGGUUUUUUUAGUGAUGAUCUUACGAGUGGAACUGCAGUGUCAACAACGUUCACUUGGUAUCAUGUUGCUUUCGUCUACGACUAUCGAUCACGAACACAAAUCGUAUACUUGAAUGGAUAUCAAGAUGGUCUUCGUACUCCGGCUGGACCAUAUUUAGGAAACUUAGGCGCAAUAAAUAUUGGAACAUUUUUUGAUUCUGCUAAUAUAACUCAACCUUUCAGUGGUUACAUUGAUCAAGUUUCACUGACCAAGCGAGCUAAAAGUGCUAGCGAAAUACUUGAUGAUGCUACUUUGACUACAUGGCAUUCAUUUGAUAGUAUACCAUUACAGGACUCUGGUCCACUUGAACUCAUUGUAACAACUAAUAAUGUUACUUUAGCAACUGGAAAGGUGAAUCAAGCAUUAAAUUUCAACUCAAAUUCAUCUUAUUAUCAGAUACAAAGUUUUGUUCUUCUUGGAAUCUCGAACUAUGCAUAUUCCAUUACUUUGUGGGUUAAACGAACAUCAACAGGUGGUGGAACUCUUAUUCAUCUUUCAUCACAAACAGAUGGACUAGGAUGGUGUGUUACUCUUUUAGGAUUUCGUUCUACUGGUGCAAUAGCAGCCACCAAUUGGGAUUAUUAUGGUAAGGAAGUGGUAGGUCCAGUUAUACCCAUCAACGUCUGGACGCAUGUUGCUAGUACCUUCUCAACCAUAAAUGGACUUCGAUUUUAUAUAAAUGGAAUAUAUAGUGGUACUACAGAUGUUAUGUCAUAUAGUACUGCACAACAAGCAGUUAUUUUAACAUUGGGAAAUCCAAUGGCGGGUGGCUCCUGCAAUUCAUCGUCAAUUGCUACGGGUGUUUAUUUUGGUUCUCUCGAUGAAUUUCGUAUUUAUUCUCGAGAACUGAGUGCUACGGACGUUCAUGCACUUGCUAAUCCUUAA